AUGGCAACCAAAGCUCACUGUGCCUACUGUUUCGAAUCGCUCGUUGCCAGCUUCGAAGGACGACAACCACUAUCUCUAUCCCAAGUCGAACAGCUCUGGACCGAACAACCUGGAAGGGAAGAGGAGGACGCUGCAACAAACCUUGACGGCGAAGAUGACGAGACAGAGCCAAACACAUCUCGUGUACCCGCCAUUUCACGCCUCCUCAACAGCGACACACCCACCUCCAACUCUUCCUCGUCCAGCUUGACGUCUCGCUCCACCUCGACCCAAGCCUCGACAUCCUCCAGCCGCACAUCUCUAUCCUCUCGCUCCAACAUCUCACCCUCAGACUCAUACCCCCUCUUUGUGACUUGGAACACAAUCUCGCCACGCAGCGGCCAAAAGUCCCUGCGCGGCUGCAUCGGCACCUUCGCACCUCAACUCUUAGAAAAAGGGCUCGCUGAUUACGCCUUGACCUCUGCCUUUGAAGAUUCUCGCUUCCCACCUAUUGCUUCGUCUCAACUUCCACAAUUACAGUGUUGUGUUACGCUACUGACCAACUUCAGCAACCCUAGCCGCGAUAUCAUGGCGUGGGAGGUGGGUAAGCAUGGUAUUAGGAUUAGCUUCUCCUACCAUGGUAGAAAACUGGGAGCCACAUAUCUGCCUGAUGUGGCUAGGGAGCAAGGCUGGACGAAAGAGGAAGCUUUGGUCAGUCUGAUGAGAAAGGCUGGUUGGUCGGGCAGGAAGGAUGAGUGGAGGAAAGUUGCUAGCAGUAUGGAGUUGGUUACCUAUGAGGGUAAGAAGGUGGACUUGGAGUAUGCCGAGUUCAAGGAGUGGAGCGACAAGGUCAAGGCAUGA